CACAGUCGCGAUCGAUCAUCUCGAUGUGGUGAUGUUAGUCAUACGACUACUGCAGCUACAACUCAGAUAUCACAUUCGUGUGCGUUUAGUAGCGUUCGAUCGUCGAUGCAAGCCAGAUGAUCUCGUUUGGGCUGCGUACAAGUAUUAAUAAAAACACAAAGGUCGGUAACAGCAGCACAACGGCUCGAAUAAAAUAGAAGACAAAGGAAAAGAUACUUCCGCCGAGUUCGCUCGGUCCCUAUUUCAGCCGUGAGGGCUGCUGCUGCUGCUGAUAAGCCAUGGAGGGACAGCAGCCAACAACAGCAGCUUCCUCUUGGAGGGACAACUCGGAGGAGUCCAAGGAGCCGCAACCAGAUAUUCGCGAGGUUAGGAUUUUGCAAAAAGUCGGCAUUACCAUACCUCCCACGAACCUUCGCAAAAAGAUGCUUGUGCUCAACGACUUACUCAGCCACUUCGACAAGGAUGGUAACAAAAAUGCCCUUCAUUCCAUCAAGAAACCACAUAGAUCAGUAAAAGUCAAAACUUUAAAUCGGGCAAUACAUCUGAUAAAGGAAGACCAACAGUUUUUAGACUUGGUGAACAAGAUUCAAUCACCUAAAUUCAAAAUUACAGCAGAUCCAAAAGUGGAUUACAGCAUCAAUGGUGGUGUAGCAACGAUGAGCUGUUAUGACAAAGUUCCACGAGACUGCAGUGAAAAUAGUGACUCUCACAGCAAUGGCAGUGUCAAAAAUGUCAGUAUUACGUGUACUUCAGUGAAUCACAUGCCUGUAAACCCUGUGGAAACCACCGACCACAUAGUCAAAGUGAAUUUUCCAGAGGGCUUUAUGCUUGAGGAUUGUGCAAACUUGGAAGCACAAAAUGUGAUUGAUUUUUCAAGAAGAUUUAGAGAGUAUUGUACAAAUAUGAUUAAUCCUCAAUUGAACAAGAGUCUUGAAAAGUUCGUCGCGGAACUGUCGAGAUUACAAAAAAACUUGUAUAAUCGUAACAACGUGAAAGGCAGAUGUAGGCGGCGUUAUUACGCAGGAUUCAAAGAGACUGAAAAACGCUUUAAAAUAAACAAAAUCAAAUUGGUCAUCAUUGCGCCUGACUUAGAUCAAAAGAAUGAUAAUGGUGAACUGGAUGACUUAGUGCAUCGAUUCAUAGUGAGCUGUAAGAGGCACGAGUUAGCUACAGUAUUUGGCCUGUCUCGUCGGAAAUUAGGAUACUUAACGCGUGGCCAGGGCUUCACCAGCUGCAUCGGCAUCGCGAAUUACGAAGCUACCGAAGAUAAAUUAGAGGACGCACUAAGGAAAGCUCUUGAGGCUAAAAAUCAGUUCAAGGUUCUAAGCGGCCAGGCAAAUAAAACUAUUGACGAGAAGACAAUUUUAACUGAGGAUUUGUUGCUAUCGGAACGUGUUAAAAUUUUAUUGAGGACUCUAGCACUUCCGUAGUUAUGAAGAAGUACUCACUUGAUAGAUAUUAAUAAAUUUUGUAUAAUCAACAUUGCUUUUUGUAAAAAAAAACAAUGUAUAAGAUUUUUAUAUGAGCAAUGUCCGGUAAAAGUUUAAUGCAAUUUAGCUACUAGGGAUUAAGUUUGGUUGUUUUAAAUAUAAAAACUUAAAAAGUAUAUUUUAUAAAAUUGUAAUCUAAGACGAUUUUUACUGGAUUUUUCUGUUAAAUUGUUAUUUAAAAUAUAGAAAGUGAGACU